CACUUUUUAGCGAUGAACGUUGUGCCUGAGCCAUCCAGCGGUGUUUACUCGGUCGCCAAUUUGCUGGCUGAAAAGGAAAAACCGCUGUCUCCGACUGAAUUUGCAGCUAAAGCAACGCGUAUUCGAGAAUUGUUGGACUGGCAAAGAUUAGGAGCUACUCUAGCUUUUCAACAGAAAUUGGCUCUUAUGCAACAAGCGCUGUUUCCGAUAAGAUUUCCUGAGCACGGUCAGCUACUGUUUCCAAAUGUGAAUUCAAGUUUCGGCAUGAUGGCGAACGGUUUUGGUGUUAUGCCGGCUUUUUGGCACGGGCAUCUUCGACAACUUGCACUAAAUUUGGUAGCUACGCCGCAGCGAGUACCUGAAAAGCGCGACGAAGCUUGUCUUAGGAAUGGUCCAACCAUCUUUUCUGAAGGCCCUUCUCCUUCAACGGAAAAUGUGUUUCCAUGCUUCAAAUGUACAAAUGUCUUUCCUUCCAAUAUUGCAUUAGAGCAACAUCAGACCAUUCAUGCACUUGACAAACAAUUCGAAUGCAAGCAAUGCGGAAAGACGUUUAAAAGGUCAUCCACGCUUUCCACACAUUUGCUUAUCCACUCUGACACACGUCCGUAUCCAUGUGAAUAUUGCGGAAAACGCUUUCACCAAAAAAGUGACAUGAAGAAGCAUACAUACAUUCAUACAGGCGAAAAACCUCAUAAAUGCACAGUGUGUGGAAAGGCGUUCAGCCAAUCGUCGAAUCUCAUUACUCAUACGAGGAAGCAUACCGGAUUCAAGCCAUUCGCAUGUGAUGUUUGUGGGCGAACUUUUCAAAGAAAAGUGGAUCGACGACGGCACAGAGAAACACAUCAUCCAGGCCAGCUUGAAGAUAUUGACGGUACGUCGCAGAUUUCAUUUUCACAUCCUUAG